CUCGCAGGUAGGCUUCUGGGCCACCGGAAGCGGCUGGCGAGCUGCGGCCGGCGGUGACGGGGUGUGUGCCGGUCAGGGUUAGGAGACGCAGGCAUGCUGCGUCCCAAGGCUUUGACGCAGGUGCUAAGCCAAGCCAACACCGGGGGAGUCCAAAGCACCCUGCUGCUGAAUAACGAGGGAUCCUUGCUGGCCUACUCCGGUUAUGGGGACACAGAUGCCCGGGUCACCGCGGCCAUCGCCAGUAACAUCUGGGCUGCCUACGACCGGAACGGGAACCAAGCAUUUAAUGAAGACAAUCUCAAAUUUAUCCUCAUGGACUGCAUGGAGGGCCGUGUAGCCAUUACUCGGGUGGCCAACCUUCUGCUAUGUAUGUAUGCCAAGGAGACUGUAGGCUUCGGAAUGCUGAAGGCCAAAGCCCAGGCCUUGGUGCAGUACCUGGAGGAGCCCCUCACCCAAGUAGCAGCAUCAUAAUAGAGUGAUGGAAGCUGGAGUCAGAGGACGGAUGGUGGAUGGGAGGAUCAGGGCCCUAGAGACACCUUACUGGACUGGUUACAGGAAGGUGGGACUCUGGCUUUAGCUUUUUUACAAAUAAAUUUCAACUCUUGCCUUG